UCUGAACGUCCGAACAAUAUGACUCAAGCAGAGAAGUUGGCCGUUUCUCGCUGCUGGGCCUAUCCAAGCCCCUACCACUAUUAGCAUUGCCUUGCAAGGAAUUACGUUUUGCAAAUAAGUGGAUUGGUAGAAAUGGACGACGCAAAAUGAUGAGAAAAUGCCAAGGGAAAUGAGGGGGGGCCUUCUUCUCUUUUGUUUUUUCUUUUCCAGAGGAUGAGUAAAGCAUAAACCACACCUUCCUCUGUCGCACGCACAUUUUAUCAUUCACUUGCACUUCAAGUCCUCCCGCUCGUCCUCUUUCUUCCUCCCACUCGAUCGAUCGCCUCCCCCCGGCCGCGCACAGCUAAUCAGCUCCCUCCCCGGCUCUCUGCUAUAAACCGCCACACGCUCGCGAGGCGAGAGAUCAUACGCGUGCGCGUGCGCCAUUAGACACCCUCCUGCCUGCGUGAGCCGCUGCUGCAGAAGCUAUAGGAUCAACCACGGGGCGCGCAAUGGGGGCAGGGACGAGAGGCGGCAUGCGGGCGACGCUGCUCUUGGUGCUGCUGCUGGUGGGCUUGUCGUUCCUCGCCGUGGCGAGGGCGGCGGCGGGCGGCGGCGUCGACGGUGGCGUUGGCGGAGCAGGAGGUGAGGACGGGGAGAGGUUCCUGAGGCUGUGGGCAGACGGUGGUGGAGAAGCUGACCAGGAGGAGGAUUUCUUCAAGUGGGAUGAAGAGGAAGACGACGACGAUGAGGCGGAGGAGAGCCACAUCAUGGUGUGGGGGAAGGGGGCCGAGCGGGCGGCGACGUGCAGGAACGUGGUGAACGUCGACACCUUCAGCGCGGCGGGGGACGGCGACGCCGACGACACCGAGGCCUUCUCGAGCGCGUGGAAGACGGCGUGCUCACUGGACAACGCGGUGUUCUUGGUGCCCGCCGGCCGCCGCUACAAGGUCGGCGCGAUCACCUUCAUGGGGCCGUGCAAGGCCAGGAUGAUCAUCCAGAUCCAGGGGACGAUCGUGGCGCCGGAGGAGCCGUCGGAGUGGGACCCCCGGAGCCCGCGGCUGUGGCUGCUCUUCUCGGGGCUCGCCGGCGCCCGCAUCCAGGGCGGCGGCGUCAUCGACGGCUCCGGCUCCAAGUGGUGGGCCAACUCCUGCAAGGUCAACAAGUCCAACCCGUGCAGGCCUGCUCCCACGGCCGUGACGAUCGACUCGUCCCGGGGCGUGCGGGUGAAGGGCCUGCGCGUGCAGAACGCGCAGCAGAUGCACCUGACGGUGUACCGGUCCCGGAACGUGCGCCUCGCCGGGGUUCGCAUCGAGGCGCCCGAGGACAGCCCCAACACCGACGGCAUCCACGUCGCCGAGUCCACCGCCGUCUCCAUCCAGAGCUGCCGCAUCGGCACCGGCGACGACUGCAUCUCCAUCGUCAACGCCAGCUUCAACAUCCGCAUGAAGAACAUCGACUGCGGCCCGGGCCACGGCAUCAGCAUCGGGAGCCUGGGGAAGGACGGGGCGUUCGCGGCGGUGGAGAACGUGGCGCUGGACACGGCGCGGAUCAGCCGGGCGCAGAACGGGGUGCGGAUCAAGACGUGGCAGGGCGGCGCCGGCUACGUCCGGAACGUGCGCUUCUCCAACGUGGCCGUCGACGGCGUGGACCACCCCAUCGUCAUCGACCAGUUCUACUGCGACGCCGCCCGGGGCUCCUGCUGCCGGAAUAGCACCACCUCCGGCGUGCAGGUCACCAACGUGGCCUACCUCAACAUCAGGGGCACCUCCCGGCGCGCCGAGGCGAUCCGGUUCGCCUGCAGCGACGCCGCGCCCUGCACCGGCAUCGUGCUCCGCGACAUCGACCUGCGCCGCAGCGACGGCGACGGCGGCGAGGUGCAGACCGUCUGCAACUGCGCCAUCGGCUUCGACUACGGCCGCGUCAGCCCCGCUGCCGACUGCCUCCGCAGCAGCACCUGCGGCGGCUCGCUCGACCACCGCCCCGACGACGACGACGAUGGCGACGGCGGCAAGGGGAAGGCCGUGGCCCUGACGAUUCCGGCGCCCAUCCUGCACACCGAGCUGUGACGAGCAACUAGCUCGGACAUGCUCGCCGGUCAUGGCUCAUCAGUGAUCAUCCUUCGCUGCUAAUGCUUGCUGCGAUCGAUCAACCUACUAAGCAUGCACUUUUGACACUGCAGUUUGUUAAUUACUACUAAUUAGUGGCAGUAACCAUGCAUGCCGUAAUUUUCAUUUCUUGUUUUACCGCGUGCUGUACAAAAAUUAGAGCACACUACACACACACUCUGAUGCUUAAU